CGCCGUUCCUUUUCUAGGGUUUGUUCUCCUCUCUCUCUCUACUCAAAUCCCCUUUUCUCUGUUUUUAGGAAUUUUAAUCACUAUUUUACUAUUUUAUUAGUCGUAAAUCUCAAUUCCCCUGUCACUGUUCUCUCUUAUUUGUUCUCGCCCGAUUGAAACCAGUCAACCAUUUCCAACGACGAUGACCCUCUCUCUCUCUCUCUCUCUGUUUUUCUUCUUGAAAGCAAAAAAUAAAAAACGAUUUUCGUGAGUAUUUUCUGGGUUUUGAUCUAUGUUUUCUGGGUUUUGAUCGAUCUUUUCUGGGUUUCAAUCCGUUAGCAUAAUAUUAGAAAAUAUUACGUUACCAAGUUGAAAGGCAGGAAGGAAAAGGUUAUUUACUUUUCUAACACAAUCAAUAUCAUUAGGGUCUGGUUCGAUUUAGGCUGAACAUGGCAUCUGUUGAGGAUGACAACGAUGAGAAUAGCGGGAUUUUAUCAUCUGAUCCAUUGCUGGGUGACACGCCGGAAUAUACUAUCACGGCGGUGGGACCCCCAUCGGAGGCGGCGGAGCAGCGGUCUCAGGGGGCUAUUGUUCCGUCUUUGAAGGAAGAGCCGUCGGACUCCGAGCUGGAAGGGUCAAUCCCAGUUGGGGUCAUGCCUUUAAUGUCUGCGCCGACGGGGAAGUCAAUGGUGGUGGCGCAGCCGAAGAGGUCCUCCAAGGACCGCCACACCAAGGUAGAAGGCCGCGGCCGGAGAGUCCGAAUGCCUGCGACAUGCGCCGCCAGGAUCUUCCAACUGACACGAGAGCUCGGCCACAAGUCCGACGGCGAGACCAUCAACUGGCUACUAGAGCGCGCCGAGCCAGCCAUCAUCCAAGCCACUGGCACCGGCACCGUCCCCGCGAUCGCCGUCUCCGUCAACGGAACCCUAAAGAUUCCAACAACACCAACGGCGCCGUCCGCAGAAGACGGAGAAGCCACCAAGAAGAAGCGCAAGAGAGCUUGCAACAGCGAGUUCUACGACGUGAACAAUUCGGGUCUGUCCAAUUACGCUCCGGUUACACCGCAGCCGCAAGGGCUCGUGCCGGUUUGGGCCGUGGGCGGCGGCCCCGGCGGGGCGUUUUUCAUGAUCCCGCCCACCUCGAACCACCAGCCGCAAUUAUGGGCCAUUCCGGCUAGGCCCAUUUCGAAUUUUGUGUCGGGGGUGGGAUUUGGCGGUGGUGGUGGGGAGGUGCUUCAAGGUGCGGUGGGGUCGGGUUCGAGCAGCAGCGCUGCAAGUGGGAAAGUGUCAGUUAUGGCUCCAUGUUCAAGUUCAAGUACAGCAACAACCACUCAGAUGCUUAGGGAUUUCUCUUUGGAGGUUUACGACAAGAAGGAGCUUCAGUUUAUGGUUAGUUCUGGUAGUGACCAAGCAGCUCCCUCUUGAAAGAAACCCUUUGAAGAUGGUGCACCAAGAGGUCUAGGCUUUUAGACAAUUGAACAGAGUUCUUCUUCCAUAUAUUGCUCUUGUUUUGAUUUCAAUUUUGGGUGGGUUAGAAUUGAAAUGGGUGUCUUUGUCGCCUUGUUACCACUUUUGCUCUGUAAAUUGGCUUAAGAUUUAGGAUAUGAUGGGUUCAAUUGUGCUCAAGUUGGCAUAUUGACCCGGUUUUUCCUCAGUGGAAUGGAUGAUGCCCUGGUUAAAACUAACAAUAAA